UUCUUUCUCGUGAAAUUCCCAGGGGCUCGAAAACUCACUCUUCGUUUCAACCCCCGCAGUCGCACCACUGGCCUACUGCAUUGACUCCGAAAACCCCCGCAAAACCCCAAGUAAUGGCAGCAAACGGCACUCCACACCCCCUCGACGUCCACAUCCUCCCACAACCCAACUACAUCGACGCCGUCCGCUGGAUCCCCCCCCUCUCCCCCUUCCACCGCCUCAUCGCCGCCGCAGCCUUCGACUCCGACACCACCACCUCCACCUUUCAAAUCCACUCCCUGACCGUAACCCAACCCAACAGCCCACCCACCCUAACCCUCCAAUACUCACACCCCACACCCUCUCGAAUCUCGUCCCUCAAAGUCUCUCACCACAACAAACCCCUCGUCGCCGCCUCCACCGCCGUCGGGUCCCUCCAUUUCCUCGUAACCGACCCGGUCCGCGGCCGGGUCGAAUCGGAACUUUCUUUGCCCGAGGGGAAGUUGCACGCGGGACCCAUCUCGUGUGUUGACCUGGCGGAAAGUGGGUCGGAGUGCGUUACGGUUGGGGAGGACGGGAAGGUGAAUUUGGUGAGGGUUGAUGGUGGGAGUGAGAGGUUGAGUUACAGGAGGGUUUUUGAUGGGAAUGGGUUGGUGGGGUACACGGCGGCCAAGUGGGCGUCGCCGACGGAGUUUGCUACGGGUAUGUUGGGGUUUGGGCUUCAGUGGUGGGAUCUCCGGAAGCCUGGUGGACCAGCUUCUCAGUUCAAGGCUAAUUGGGCUCGGGCAACUACUUCUGGGAUUGUACACUCCAUUGAUAUACAUCCAUCACGAAAACACACUUGUGUUGCAGGAGGCUCUUCUGGUACUGUAUUUGCAUGGGAUCUCCGGUGGCAACAACAGCCGAUUAUUCUUUCUGGGGUUGAGACAGGCGAGGUAUCAGCUUACUCACCUUGUGAAAGUGAAGUGUGGGAAGUUCAGUAUGACAAUUAUAUGCAUUCAAAGAACAUUGGUAACAUGUCAUCUUCGCGGAUUUUACCUGUUAUGAUCUGCUCAGAAGACGGUAUCCUUGCUGUUGUUGAACAAGGUGAGGAACCCAUUGAGCUAUUGGCAGAACCUUGUGCCAUCAACAGCUUUGACAUCGACCGUCAGAAUCCAUCAGAUGUCAUAUGCAGUCUGGAGUGGGAAUCCAUAGCCAUUUUGUUGAGGCCGUAGUUUCUUGUUCUGACAAAUUCUAUCAUAUUUGGGAUCCUAUCAAUGUCAUUUUCCUUGUGUACCAUGAGAGGAUGAAGCUCCGCCCUACUACUGGGCACUGAAGCUGUACAAUGUGAUCUUGGGUGAAGAACAUAGCAACUGACGGUGUACGUGUUUCAAUACAAAACCUGUAACUUGAAAACUUUUAAGGUUUGUUGUUACUUUUCAUCGUAUGGAGCAUAGUUUGUGUUUCUGAAGCCAACUGCAACAUUUCAAAUGUAAAUGAACACAGCAAACACGGUAGUUAACUGUGACCUGAUCUACUAUCCUUCAUUAAAAGGUGAAACAACACUCAGUCGAAUAUUUAUUUAUGAUCAAGGGAAACAGUUGGCGAUGGCUGGGGUCGUCAUUUUUCUCUC